CUGGACUUCUAGCGAUGUCAGUGGCACUGAAAGAUGAGCAUUCAUGGCCAGUCAUUCCACUUUAAAUGAAUUGGACGUCUAUUGCCAUUAUUAGCUUGCAAUAAGUGUAGUACUAUAGGCAGGGGUGCACAUAAGUGGUCCGAAUGCGCGCAUGCGUACUGGACGUAGACAAACGCGCUGGCUCUCAAGGGCUUCCAUACGCUUUUGCGUACCGAUGGCUGACCACUGUAUUUGCGGCGGACACGAGAAAAUAACUUCUCAAAAUGUCGAAGAGGCAGGCCACACUGAGUAAUUACUUCCGUGUUCCCCCACCCCCGUCAAAAGACAGACGACAGAGACGUCACCGGAGCUACCGAAAAAAAGGACUUAUGCUGAAAAGUGGCUACAGGAGGUAAAAUACGUCCCAAUUCGUGGCGUGUCGUCGAUGGAGCAGGCAGCUGCCACACCGGUAGAAGAUGAAAACCCGGUGUCGGCAGGAAGAACCACGGAGGAAGAAGCCAAAGUAACCGGCAAACGGAAAAGCGAUGAGGCGAGCGGUUUCAGUAAGAACCAGAGAAGACCCCGAAGAAAGAAGCUCCGUGCCGGGGAGAGAUACGUGCCUCCUCCGCAGAAGCGAAACCCCGGUGUUAGUUUCAGCCAGGAACACUUCGACGAAACCUCGUACUACUUCGAGGACGGCCUGCGUAAAGUGCAUCCGUAUUAUUUUGACUUCAAGACCUACUGCAAAGGUCGCUGGAUCGGAAAGAGCCUUAUGGAAGUGUUCGAGAGUGAGUUCAGAUCGGAGUCCAUUGAGUAUUACCAGAAGGCUGUCAAAGAGGGUCGCAUCCGCUUGAACGAGAGCCCAGUGGAUGACUUGUCUAUAAUACUCAAGAACAACGACCACAUGAAGAAUACCGUCCACCGUCACGAGCCCCCUGUCGUCGGCAAGCCUCUGGAGGUCCUGGUGGACGACGGCGAAGUCGUAGUGGUGGACAAGCCCGCCUCCAUCCCGGUCCACCCUUGCGGCCGUUUCCGACACAACACAGUGAUUUUCAUCCUGGGGAAAGAACUGGGCAUCUCUAAGCUGCACACGGUCCACAGAUUGGACAGACUCACUUCGGGAGUGCUGCUCUUUGCCAGAACUCUGGAGAUUUCCAAGAAACUGGACCAGCUGGUGAGAGACAGGAAGCUUGAAAAGGAGUACGUGUGCCGAGUAGAAGGUGAGUUUCCGGAAGGUGAGUUGAUCUGCGAGGAGCCCAUCCUGGUCGUGUCCUUUAAAAUCGGGUUGUGCCGCGUCGACCCCAAGGGGAAGGAGUGUCGGACCGUGUUCCAGAGACUUAGCUUUAACGGCAAGACCAGCGUGGUGCGCUGUUUGCCACUGACGGGCCGUACGCAUCAGAUUAGGGUGCACCUCCAGUACCUGGGCUUCCCCAUCCUCAACGAUCCCAUCUACGGAGCUGACGCCUGGGGUCCUCACAGAGGGAAGGGGGGUUUGGUAGGAAAGAGUGACGAGGAGCUACUCAAGGCUCUGGUGGAGGAACAUCGGAAUCAGGAGAGCCUCCAUUUGCUGGAGGUUUCUGACAACGGGACGGUUUUAUCUCAAGAUGGACUAAAAGAUCAUCCAGAUGGAUCGUGUGAAGCCAGCAAAAUUGGAGGGACUCGCCAGUCUCAAUGUGGUGACCUAACAUCGCUUACCGUUAACGUUAGCAGUGACAAUACCUUACCUGAAGAAUCUCAAGACCCUCUACCAGAUGAUAAAUCGCAGAGAAAUCAAAAGCAGUUUCCAAAAGACCCCUUGUGUAGUGAGUGCAAACUUAUACGGGCUGACCCCACUGAAAAGGAACUUAUCAUGUACCUGCAUGCCUUACGAUACAAGGGUCCAGACUUUGAAUAUUCAACACAGUUACCCGAGUGGGCCAAAGAUGACUGGUUAGAAGUGGACUGACUCCGCUGAUAUUGCUUUACAUAUUAAGAGGAUUUUGAAGGGGAAAAAUUGGGGAAAAGAUAAAAUAUUCAUUUGUUUUGGAUUUUUUUUAUGGUAGGUGCAUCAAUAGCAAUAAUGAACAUUGAAAAUAAGAGUUUUCCCAUUGAACUUCAUGUUCAAGAACAUGUUUAGCUGCAUAUAGGCCUUAUUCACAUAAUGUCAUACCCUUUUCUGGGUUUGUCAAUAGGAGUGUAUCCCUCUGUGAAACGCCAUUGAGUUUAUAUGGAUCACAAAGAAUCUACAAGGACGAAACAUUGAUUUAAAAGGUAAAAUGAAGUAGGGCUGUCACAAAUGACAAAUUUUCUCCCGAUUAGUCAGCCGACUAUUUUUACGGUGAAUCGACUAAUAACUUUUUUUUUUUUUUUUUUUUUUUUUAGUAAUUUAGCAAUGACAUUUUUGUUGACGCUUAUUAAUUCACUAAAACAUUUUGAACACUUAAAUUCUUUAUUAAAGUACAAAUAAACAUAUAAAUAACAAUAAUAAAUCAUAAAUAGACAAUGAGGUCAAAUGCUGAUAGCAUUAACUAGUACACAAGAAAGCAAGCCCGUCUCAUCAGACCAUAGGACAUAGGUCCAGUAAUCCAUGUGCUUUGUUGACAUGUCUUCAGCAAACUGUUUGCGGGCUUUCUUGUGUACCAUCUUCAGAAGAGGCUUCCUCCUGGGGUGACAGCCAUGCACACCAAUUUGAUGUAGAGUGCGCCGUAUGGUCUGAGCACUAACAAGCUGAAACAACCCCCACCCACCUCUUUAAUCUCUGCAGCAAUGCUGACAGCACUCCUGUAACGAGUCACAUGACAUUUUGGAGGGAAAAUGACAAGCAGUACUCAAUUUGGACAUUUAGGGAUGGAUAUUUUUUCAAAGGGGUGUACUCACUCUUGUUGCCAGGGGUUUAGAUAUUAAUGGCUAUAUUUUGAGGGGAAAAUAAAUGAACUGUAUUAUAUAAGCUGCACAUAGACUACUUUUUAUCGUGUCAAAGUGUCAUGUUGUCCCAUGAAAAGAUAUACUUAAAUAUCUGCAGAAAUGCGAGGGCUGUACUCGCUUUUGUGAUACACUGUAACAUUUUGAGUAACUGCUUAUAUUUGUGUUAAUUUUUUUUUUUUUUUUUUUUUUUUUUUUUUUUGAACAGUGGUAUUUUUUUUCCUAAGCACAGUUAUAUGAACUGUUGUUGUAAUAGCAAUAUGCAAUAACCCAUUACAUAAUCACAUUAAGCCAAAGAAAUACAAGGGAAAAAAUAAUAAUUGAAUGGCGUACUGCAAGCAACACGUCACUUUUGCCCAUUAAUAUUCAUGACGUGAGAAAUUGUUGUUGGCGGGUCAACCUCCCGUUUGUCCCAAAUAAUAAAUGAAUGGAAAUGGUGCACAAACGAGAUGCUUACUGAGCUAAACCUACCAACUCUGACUGAAAAUGAUGUCCCUGGUGCCUAAUUCACUGGUAAAGAUGUGGAAGAACAUACAAAUGUUCAGUUAAAGAGAUGGUUUGAGUGUCGAGGGCGGGAAAAGAGUCGACCUGAUCCAGAGUUAGCUUUUUUAUCGACACCUUUUUCUUGUGAGCAUUGCCCUACGCCACUGACAAUGAGAUUCUCCUGUUUCAAAAAUCUAUCCUUUACCACCAUAUGCCCUGUCUAUCUUAUAUAUUAUAUCCUCUGGUUUUCCUACGUCUCUAACCAUUUUUGGGGGCAAUUUACAUUACUAUUUUUGUGUAGCGAUCGCAAAUGCUACUCAGUGACAGCCAACGAACUCUUAAUUUUUUCAUUAACAACAAAUCUUAAUACUAUAAUUUAUUUACACUUCCCCCUGACUAAAGUUUUUUUUUUACAACAGAAAACGUAACAGUGGCUGUCAGAUACCAUUUUAAUUUUUUUCAGGUCAUAGGACAGAAGCAGAAUGGCAAAGCGCCACGCUAAAAAAUAAGUAAAAAUAUCAAAAUGGCUUACCUCUUCGUCCUCUGUAGGACCAUGGCCCGCAACAAAACGUUUACCGCAUCUUCUGCCCUCAGUUGAGCGUAUGGCUACUCAACCUUGACAGCGAGCUAAACACCUAAGAAAUGGAGUUCCAAACAGAGACAGCAGACUUGGUCUUUUUCUACCGUUUCAUUUGUUUUCUUUUAUUGAACUUUACUUUCAUUGUUUUGUAAAACUGCAAACAUACAAAAAACACCAAUGUUAUACACAAAUGGUUCCAUUCAACAACAACGUGUUACAGUAAAACAACAGAAAAACUGGCUAAAUUAUGAGCAAAUAAAAUGAAGUGGCUAAUUUAGCUUAGCACAAAACGUGUUGCUUCGUGCCACAUAAAUGACAUAAAAAUAACAGAAUAGAUAAACUGAAAUGACAUCAGACCCAUUGAUAAAACGUGCAAACUUAGAUUUUGUUUUGUCAAGGGUUCCCAACGAUGUGUGGUGCAGAAGGGAGGUGUGUAACGACUGAACACCUCAAGGCCUCUUUUCUAACUUGUUCUUUUCGCCUGCUGCUUACAGCAACUCACCACUAGGGGAAGCCAAGCGCACAUAGUGAAACCAAAGAAAAACUUUACAGUCCAGAGUUACAAUAGACCCUACUCACGUGACGUCACAGCCACGCCCCCGCGCCAUGUUGUCCGUAUACUCGUCAUGUUAAUGCAUUAGCGCUUCGUAAAUUCCUCCUAUUAUGGCGUGUUUUUCUGCUCGUCAACAUUAAUAAUCAAAAUGGUGAAGUCGUGUGUGGCGGUCGGUUGCAAAAACAGAGAAGAUAGACGGAGAGACUUGAGGUUUUACCGUAUUCCGAGAGACCCGGAGAGGAGAGCGAGAUUGACUGCUGCAAUUCGACGAGAAAACUGGGCUCCAAACGACUACCACGGAUUAUGUAGUAGUCAUUUUAUAUCUGGUAAGAUGCAUUUAAUAUAUAUUUAGAGGGUUUAGGGCUGACAACCACAAUUAAGAUCAUUGCUAGGCUAAUCGCCGACAACAUACACUCAGACGUUGUGAAUGAACUACCUGAAAAUAUAUAAUUAUAAGGGGAUAAUAAGACAGUUGUCAUACAAUUAAUUUACAAUUUCACUAUUGAGGUCAAAAGCCAAAAAAUAAAUUCAACUAGGGACAAUCUGGAGUAGUGCUAUCGCACUUCAUAUUUAUUACAUAUUAUAUAUGCAUGUAGUGAGAGUGCUAUCGCUAAACCAUAUAAACAUUAAAAGCCCUAGCUCCAUUGACAAAUGACAUGAAAUACAUUAGACUUGACAGUGGAUGUUAGCAAGAACAAAAGAUUUUGAAUUGAAAAUUUCGUAACUCACCUUCCCGAGCACAAGAUUCCUGCCGAAUUUUCGUGUACGAGGACCUGUUUCACCCAACCAGCAACGUAGCAUUUGUAAGCCUCCAAACUCUUAAAGUUUUUCAAACUUUCGUGAGAAUAGGCUGAUUUUGUGUGGACAAGAUAGUUGUAAAUAUCAGGGUCAGGCAAAGACGGCGAAGACAGCGGGUCGAAAAACAUCGAUUUAGGCAUCAAAUAUGGAUCUGGCGAAUGGAUAAACUGAAGCUUUUCCACAUAACGCCUUUUAUGCAACGCAUCCAAUGAGUUUACGGCGUCAGAUAACACCGGGGCUUCCAUGAAUUGCUCUAUAACUUGCACGACUAAUUGAAAACAAUGAGAAUAGGUCUAAAAAAUACGGACAAUAUGGCGGCCGGAUACAGCGACACGUCAUUUUGUGACGUAGGUGAGUAGGGUCUAUAGCGACAUCCGGUGGACGGAUGAACAAUUUAAAAUCCCAGAAAGAAAUCAAAUCCAGGCAUGAAAAUGGGUCCGGGGUUAAAAAGGUGAGAAGGUGUGGAGGAAAUAUGUUCCGGUGUUCGGUCAUUCCUUACUACGCGGGGAAACGUCCUACACAAUGCUAAGCGCGCUUGCGCAUGCAUCCACACGCAUGCGCACAUCGGUUAGAAGCGGCGAGUACUCACUAUUUUGGUUUUGAUUUAGUUAUUUAGAACCUUUUCACUGCCUCAAAGAUACUUUUUGCAUGUACUACCAUCUCAUAUUUUUAACCGUUGUGUUUUUUUGUGUUAGCUUUGAAGCAGUUGACCACAUUAGUCACGUAGCGUAUUUAAACCGUCCUUUUGAUAUUUAAAUACUUUCUGCAGGCAUUUUUUUAGUACGUUAUUCCUGUAUGCAUCUAAACACAACAAGUUUAGAGCGCACAGUAGUACUUAAGGUGUCAAAUUUGACUAAUGUAGGACGUUUCGCCGAUGUAGGAGAUUUUGGCAGAACACCGGUACACUGUACAACUAGGGCUGUCCCAAAUGACUAAUUUUCUACCGGUUAGUCAGCCGACUAUUUUUGCCCUUUUUUUUUUCUCGCUAAUUUAGCAAUAAAAUUUUUGAUGACGCUUAUUAAUUCACAAAAACAUAUUGUAACACUUAAAUUCUUCAUCAAAGUACCAAUAACACGUAAAUAACAAAUCACGAAUAAACAAUGAGGUCAAAUGCCAAUAGGAUUAACUAGUGCAAAAUGAUGGAACCUAAACAGAUUCAGAACACUGACUUCGCCUUUCCAACAGUAUUGAAAACAAUUCUUAUAAAAAUAUCUAGCAUUAAUAUUAUAGUAUACUACUAUAUAUAAUAGUAUUAUAGUACUCAUUGCCAAUCAGAUUUUUCAUAAAGGGUGUCCUUUUAAAGCUAUUCUUAGUGUAGAAUCUGAAGUCUGAAGUAAAGUAUGUGGGAUUAACUCCAGAAAUCGUAUUUAUAUGACGAACAUGAAGUGCUUUUAUUUUGAAAUGUUUACCGGACGUAUGUUCGCUAAAUGGCUCACCGCUUUACACUCCGCAAAAGUCAGUAAUCGUUUUUUUCAUUUGCAAAUGCUGUUAGCCUGCGAUUUUCACGUUUGAAGUGUCACCUUUUAACCGCAAGUUUGCGUUUUGGAUAAGACUGCCAAUGUUUUAUAGCAGGCUAAAGGAGGUUGUCUUUUUUCCCCCAUUAGCCUCAAUGUAGCAAUGCUAACGUUUACAGUGUUUAAUAUACUACAUGUGUUUCCUUAUUUUGUAUCUUUGAACUUUAAUUCUACGGCGUGUUGAUAACCAAUAAACUUCUGUGAAAGGAACUUGAGUCUCAUAUGCCAUCAAAACGCACGUGUCCACGCACGCACAAAUGUAUGCACGCGACGAUAAAACGCAGCCGUGAAAAUUACCGCCUUCAUUUUUAUUUACUGUGCGAUAAAUUGACUCAUUGCAUAUCACCAAAGGCUUAGCAACUUCAAUUAAACAUGUCGUUAUUAGUUAGAUGGACUUACAAACUGGGUGAUGGCGCUUUAGGUGUUCAUUCACGGCCAACGUGCAGCCAAGCUUGGCAUUGAAGAGACAGGAAAACAGUGAACCCUCCUUUGUUUCGUUGAAAUAAGUCAAUGUUUUGGCCACUCUGGUGCACUUUUUUGGCUUUGUACCGCUUUCCCCACUUGCAUACCAAGCGUCCGACAUUAAAAAAAAUCUCCCGACCCCUCCCCUUAAAAAAAUUCUCCUCAGAUCAACACAAUUCACGUAGGUCACCCUUUUUGACUUCAAAACGGCGAAUUUUGCCGAAAGGUGAGAGAUUUUCAUGCCUGCAAAUCUUAAAGAUAGUCAACUUAAGUUUAAGGGACAGAACACUGCAUAUGAGAUGUGAAUGGCUUCACCUUGCUGGCAUUAAACUGGUCUUUUGGACGCGUAUGAAGAAAAUAACCUUCAUAUGUCGUAAUGUCGAGUCAUUUGUACAAGUUCCAUAGCAGCAGUGUUUGAUCGGCAUGUUUUUUUUUUUUUUUUUUUAAAGAUUACCGGAGAAAACGAGCAGAAAUAACAUGGAUUGUAUGCGAGGGUGUGUUAAUAAUGUCCCACUUCCGUUUUACGAUGGCGACGUCACAGUCUAAAAAUAGCAUUCAUGCGGUAUGCUAUUGCGAUGAGGGAGAAAAAAAAAUACAUAAAUGAACCAUUAUUCGCCCAAACAGCAUGAGUGCCCUCUGGUGGAGAAAAUAGUUCUUAGUUUGAAUCGUGGAGAUUUCCUUCAUAAUUACUAUUUUGAAAGUUAAAGGAUCAUACCUCCGAGGAAAAAUGUAACGACUCUUAUGUAGCCCAAAGUAGUGGAGUAAGAGUAGCGUUUUUUUCUUCAGAAAUCUAAAGUAAAAGUAAAAAGUGUAGCUUAGUAAAACUACUCUUAAAAGUACUUUUCUCAAAAAGUGACUUGAGUAAAUGUAACGGAGUACAUGUAACGCAUUACUACCCACUUCUGAUCACAAUAAAACCUUUAAAGUGGGUUUAUGAUAAAAAAUUGAUCUUUUGUUUAAUUAUAUGAGGCAAAUUCGCGCUGGUCAACAAAAGAAAAACUCAGUCAGUGUGCAU